GUAUUAAGAUCAGGUCUGCUUCCAACAGUGUCAGCAGUGUUCACCAAGUCGCGUUACGGCAACCCUGUGAUAGAGUUGGGUCCUUACCGGUUCACGCGCCUCAAAGUCAGCAAGGACGGGCGGCGUAUGCGCUGGGGGUGCAGCAAGACCAGCGUCGGCUGCCGCGCCGCCAUCAUCACGCUCGAUGACGUCAUCGUGCGCACCACCAACGAGCACCGGCAUUAGUCCUGGUCAAUGACCCCGGCUCA